UGGUGUUAUGUCACGUGAGGUAUCGCUUCUAAAACAUGGCUCCAAAUAGCUCAGAGCAAAACACAAUCGGCUGACUGACUGUCGUCUGGCUGCUGACACUCAUCUCUAAAUGCCAGAAAAUGAAGCAAACACAUGUCAUCAUGCAGGAUGUCCAAGUGUUAUGAAGUUAAUGUCGGACAAACUCAUCAUGCAUGGAACCGGGUUGCAUUGUUAGCUCAACGCUAACUAGCUGUCAACUGCUACAAGUGGUGAGAGUUCUUUUUUAAAGGGACAGGUGGAUGAGGAGAUAACGUUUGCUGUUGGUGAUUUUAUAUCUUCCUCCAUGGAUAUCUGAAAACUGAAAACUUCUAGUGGCUGACAGCAAGUGGAAAGUAGCUGAAAAGUGUCUAAGUGAGAACAACCAGUUGCAGACCAUGGAUUGGCUGAUGCAUACAGUUGAAAAAGACUUGGGGAUUGAAAGACGGCAGCAAGGCCCAGGGCGCCGUCCUCAAGAGCUUGUAGCCCUUGUUCCUGUGCGCUGGGUGAUGGGCCUAAGAGAGGGGCGAGUCAUGCGCUGUGCCCGUUUUGACAGCAUCAGUGAGGCAGAAAUUUGCACAUACCUGCAGUCUUCUCAGGCGAAACUGCCCCCUGGGUGGACUAGAGUGUGCAUUCAGGGUUUGAGGAAAAGUAAGCUGAGCUACAGACUGGCCAAAGAGCCAUGCCACCAACAAAUGGAAUUUCUGUCACAGGAUUCUUACGUCAAAACAAUGCAGAGUGUAUCACAGCAUAAUAUCAGGAAUCUAUGGCGUGAAGCUCAUAACAAACUUGUGCAGCCAUAUUCAGGAGCCAGUGAACAGAUGCAUGUUGCAGCUGUAGAUGCAGUACGUCAUGCAUUACAGAAGCUCUUUAAUUCCACAUUUAUCUCAACUGAAAAAGUAUCUCCAUUGCUUUCUCCUGCCAGAGAGAAGGAGAAAGAAGUCUGCUUGCCAUCUAGCUCUUCUUGUUUUUCCAAAUCCCAGUCAGACAGUCUGUGUCCUAACAUCCUGCCUGCAGAAUGUCUUUUGGAGACAGCAGAAAUGCUCUAUGUGAUUCUCCCUUACACUCAGUAUUCACUUCAUGAUAUUGUCUCCUUCAGCCCAGCCAAGCUUGCUAACAGCAAUGCCAAAGUGUUGUUCAUUCUCUACCAGGUUCUAAUAGCUAUGCAGGCAUGUCAUGCAGCGGGCCUAUCUUGUGGAGAGCUGUCUCUUCAGGACAUAACAGUAGAUGAUCAGUUGUGCAGCCGCCUAAAGCUCAACCUAGCUCAUUAUGAGGAACUGGGAACAGAAGGGGAUGCAGAUAGUAAUGUUAGUCGCAGAAAAGAGCCAAAAAGUGUCCUGCCAAGGGAAAUUCUGUGUGUGAGCCAAGAGAACAAAAGACUUUGCAAAAACUGCUUUGAUGAAUUAAGGACUUUGGUUCUGGACUGGGUCCAUGGACGGGUCAGUAACUUCCGCUACUUGAUGGAACUAAACAGAUUAGCGGGGCGGCGAGAAGGAGACCCAAAUUAUCACCCAGUUCUGCCUUGGGUGGUGGAUUUCACUGUGCCAGAGGGAAAAUUUCGGGAUCUCAGGAGGUCAAAGUUCAGGCUCAAUAAAGGGGAUAAGCAACUGGAUUUUACAUACGAGAUGACCAAAGAGGCUUUGGCAGCUGCAGGAGGCAGUGGGGUUGGUGGAGGAGGUGUCGGUGGAGACCUCAGUGGAGGUGGUGCUGGUGCGGGACAGUCUGAUCACCUCCAUGUACCUCAUCACAUAUCCGAUGUUCUGUCAGACAUUACAUACUAUGUCUACAAAGCCAGGCAGACUCCCAAGGCAGUUUUGUGCAGCCAUGUUCGAUCCCAGUGGGAGCCCAAUGAAUACCCAGCAAGUAUGGAACGCAUGCAGAGCUGGACCCCUGAUGAGUGCAUUCCAGAGUUCUACACAGACCCUUCCAUUUUCCACUCAAUUCACCCUGACAUGCCAGACCUGGAUGUGCCUUCGUGGUGCAAGUCUUCUGAAGAGUUCAUUGAGGUCCAUCGGCGGCUUCUGGAGAGCAGAGAGGUGUCCCAGCAUUUGCAUCACUGGAUUGAUCUCACAUUUGGCUAUAAGCUGUCAGGUAAAGAAGCUAUCAAGGCCAAGAAUGUGUGCCUGCAUCUCGUGGACAACCACACUCAUCUAACUACUUAUGGUGUAGUUCAGCUCUUUGACCAGCCACACCCACCUCGCUUAUCUCCUUCUCAGUAUGCCCCAGCAGAACCUCCUCCUCUUGGCCUUGCUGCUCUUACUGUGCCUUCUCUACCCAUCACUCCAAAUGAGACUCUGGCUGACACUUUGGAUGGAAUGGUGCCAGAAUCUACAGGGUGUGAGUCCAGUGGCUGGACCACAGUGGACAAAGAUGAAGAGCUUGAACAAGGUACAGAAGCUCUGGACUCUUUAGCAUCCACUGGCUCAUCCACUUCUGCAUCUUGCUCUGUGCCAAUGCCAGGUAUUAGUGCAUCAGGUGGAAAGACAGGAGGAGAGCACACAGCACUUACUGUAUCUCAGUCUCCAGGUUCAUUCCCUGGUGACCUCUCAAGUGGCGUUGGUCCUGGUUUCCGAAGUGCCAUGCUGCAACGAGGUGGGACGAUGAACAAAAAGCAUGGGGAAGGAAGUGUGACUGCCUCCAGUACAGAGGAAAUGAAGAUCAUUCUCCCUGAAGGCUUUAACCCAUUUCAGCCUUUAGAAGAGCUGGAGAAGUUGAACAAUUUUCUGGUAAAAAGUCUGCAUGCUGACGUAUGGCAUCCUUCGGGUUCUAGUGUGCGACCUGACCUCAUGAGCGAAUCCCUCCCCUCUCUUAUGCAUCUCUACCAAAGAGACAUGCAGGCUCUUGGUGUUCUCAUCGCUGAGAUAUUUUACGCCACUAAACUAAGAGGACUGAAACCAGAUACUGCACUCAAACAGCGUUUCCAAGCUGUUAUAAAGCUAUGCUCUGCCAGCCUCCGUGAUGUACCACUGUGUUUGCACCAUGCUCUUGAGACACUUUUGCUAAUAGAGAAACAUUCUGGAGAGGCAAACAAAGAUACAUCAGAUUACCCAAGUCCUCUCCUCUUCAAAUAUGACCCCAUCUUCAACGGUCUGCCUCCUCCAAGCCCCUCUCAGUUACUGAACUCUGUCAUCACUCCCUUUCCUUUCCCUUCUUAUUUUGCAGCACUUCAUCAUUUUAUUUUUUCCUACCAUGCUAAGAUGGAAAAUAUUAGUAGCCUUCAAGGAAGAGAUGUUGUCUUUCACUUGUGGCAGCAGCUUGAAGCACUGCUGCGGAGUAACAUCACAGCAGAGGGUCUUGAGAUCCUCUUGCCCUUUAUUCUAGCCCUCAUGCUUGAGGAGUCCACUGCUGUCUAUGCAUCUUGGUACCUUUUUGAGCCCAUCUCUACAGUACUGGGUCCCAGAAAUGCAAACAAAUACUUACUGAAACCGCUGAUUAAUGUUUAUGAAAGCCCUCACUGCCUCCGAGGCCGUUUCUAUCUUUACACUGACUGUUUCGUUCUGCAGCUGAUUGUGAGACUGGGCCUGCAGGCAUUUCUAUCCAACCUACUUCCCCAUGUGCUCCAGGUCAUCACUGGCUUUGAAAGCUGCAACUCAGGCUCUGGAACGGAACCUUUUAAAGGGUUGAGAAAUGGCAUGUGUAAUAUGGGAGAGGAGGAAGAAGAGGAGUUUCAGUGUGGUGAGGUUCGGCCAACGUCUGGGUCUGUUGGCGGUAAUAUGGGGGCUAGUGGCAGCAUCAGUCUUAGUGACCAAGUGUUUCUUUCGGAGCCAGAAGACUUUCAGAAUGGGUUUUAUGUCAACAGUGGAGCAGGGGUGCUUACUGGGAAACCGCAGAGUCAGAACUCUGCAGCCAGGGAACAAGACCAAGAGUCUCUCAGUGUGGGGAAACUAAGUGACAAAAGUAGCGCAAGUGAACUCUCUCUGGGUGAGGACUCAAUGCGGGAUCGAACCAGCCUGAAAUCAGCUGACAGCAGCCAGGACCUGAAACACACCAGUGAAGGAGAGGAGGGAGGAGAGCUGGAGGAAGAUGAGGGGCCAGAUACUGGUGAGGAUAAAGAGGGGACAAAUGACCCAGCAGUCUUCAACCUUGAGCUUACUCUUUCUGGUUGCACAGAAGCUUCAGGUGCCACAGUUGCCAUUUUAGAGGGUGAGUUUGUGAAUGGGAUGACACUGGAAGAGACGGAGAAAGAGAUUGUGGAAGGACAAGACGAAGAGGAUGACCAUGAUCCGUCAGAAGAAUCUGAGGGAAAAGAGCACAAAAUUCUUCUUGAUACAGUCUGCAAAACAGUUAGAUGGCUGUCAGCGAAACUUGGACCAACAGUGACAUCUCGAUAUGUAGCCAGAAAUUUGCUGCGAUUGCUCACAAAUUGUUACAUUGGACCUCAAAAUCACCAGUUUGUGACCCCUGCAUCUGAUGGGAGUAGCCUAGAGAGUGUGGGAAUGGGCAGUGUAUAUGAGAAGAAACCUGUUGUGGGUGACCACACUGCAGGGCCUGUGCUGGACUGCCUCAUCUAUAUAGCUCAACUUUAUGGAGAGCCUGUACUGACCUACCAGUACCUGCCUUAUAUUGGAUAUCUAGUCUCUCCACCCUCUUCUCAGCGUCUUAACACACGCAAGGAAGCAAGUCUGCUUGGAGCUGUUGCACUUACACAGAAGAUCAUUGUGUUUCUCUCUGAUACUACUUUAAUGGACAUGCUUAUGAAGAUCAAUCAGGAUAUUCUUCUGCCAUUGUUGGACCUGCUUACUACACCUCGUAUGGGGUUUCCCAGUGGAGUUCAGACACGCACUGCUGUCUGUCUCAAGACACUCAGCCUGAUGGCUCUCAUCUGUCUACGCAUUGGGAGGGAAAUGGUGCAGCAGCAUAUGGCUGACACUUUGCGUCGAUUCUUUGCUGUUUUCUCGCUGCUGCAUUCUCUGCAGCCCCAGCUCGACAACGCCCCUCGCAGGGUUGUGGGAGAAGCCACAGUGGUAGAUGUCUGUACCACUGAAGAGUCAAAUGUGACAUAUGAGCUGGGGGUCUUGGAAGAGCUGCAGACUGUAUUUAACCCUCAAAUGGCUCAUGCCUCUUACAUCCCCUUCUACUGCCUCAUCGGUGAUACAGCAAUCCGGAAACUAGUUCCUAAUCACGAGCUGGUCUGGGAGUUGGCCCAGUCUUACCAUCAGAGUGUAAGUCAGAGUCAAGAAACAACCACCAUGGCAUCCAGGGUGGAUCCACUUCCACCCUCUGGUUUUGGCAGACGUGUGGAUUGUAGCACGUUUCCAUCCCCCUCAACUAGUUCCACCCUGCAAGGAGACUUGAUUCCUGAGUCAGGCACAUUUGGGAGCCACCUCGUAGGAAACCGAAUUCAAGUAUCCAGAGACACUGACUAUGGUGGCUGCUCAAACGUUGGCUUGACUCACCCUUGGGGACGCUCUGGUCAUACCACACCUAUCAUUACAACAGCCUCCACCUUCACAACACCAUCCACUGGUGCAGCUUCUUUCUCCUCCUCCUGGGUGACAAGCCCCACGCUAGAGGACAGCGCCUUGAAGCAGGAGCUCCCCCGAAGUAGCCGCUCCCUGCAGGGCAACUGGCUGGCCUACUGGCAAUAUGAAAUUGGUCUUAAUCAACAAGAUCCACAUUUUCACUUCCAUCAGAUCAGGUUACAGAGCUUUCUGGGUCACUCGGGCACCACAAAGUGUUUGGCACCUCUUGCAGGAGAGGAUUACUUUCUUUCUGGUAGUAAAGACAAGACUGUGAAGCUUUGGCCGCUGUAUAACCACGGUGAUGGUACGCAGGAUGUGGAGCCCAGGCUGACGUACAACGACCAUCGAAAGUCGGUGUUCUAUGUUGGACAGCUGGAGGCUUCACAGGAGGUAGUCAGCUGUGAUGGUACCGUGCACCUGUGGGACCAGUAUACAGGCAAACAGAUCCGCUUGCAUGAAGCCGUGGAUGGGAAGAAUCCCAUUACAGCUGUCACCACCAUGCCCGCUCCACACAGCAGUGUUGUGUACGGCAGCGCGGAUUCUGUUCUCCGCUUCAUUGAUCCUCGCAAGCCUGGAUUGCAGCAUGAAUUUCGUCUGGCAUACAACAAUGUGAGUGCUGGGCUCAUCCGUUAUCUGGCUGUAAACCCUUCAGGACGCACAGUGGCGGCAGGUUUUUCAUCUGGCUUCAUUGUUCUGCUAGAUGCACGCACAGGGCUUGUACUGAAAGGCUGGCCAGCUCAUGAAGGAGACAUACUCCAAAUGAAGGCUGCAGAAGCAAAUAUUGUUAUCAGCUCCUCCACUGACUACACACUGACUGUGUGGAAAGAUCUGGAACACAAGCCUCUUCGCCUGUACAAGUCACCAUCCGACCCCAUCCACGCCUUUGACCUUUACGGUUCAGAGAUUGUAACGGGAACAGUGGCUAAUAAGAUCGGAGUGUACUCUAUGGCUGAUAUCUCCCUGAGCCCCGUUAGCAGCACAAAACUGAGCACGGAGAACUUCCGCGGUACUCUGACCAGCCUUGCGGUCCUGCCCACCAAGAGGCUUCUGCUGCUGGGCUCUGAGAACGGUGCCAUUAGGUUAUUAGCUUAAAUCAAUAGCUACAAGCUAUACUAAACACUCUCUGCAUUGACCUUCAAAGUGUCUUAUUCAUGCCAGAUGCCAAAUGUCUGAGCUCCUCUGUCCCUUCUGUGCUUUCGGUCAAUUAUACUGAUAGGGCAGGUUGUCAUAUCCUUUAAACUGUUUGUUGAAUGAGGCAGCACAAGUAGAGGCAUUGUAUAAGCUUCAUGUCUACUGCAUAUUGCCAUUGAGGCUAUUGACUUGUAUCAUGUACACUGAUAUUGAAUUCCUUUAUUAUUUUGUUCUUUUAAACCCUAUAGAUGUAUAUACGAGGAGAUUCUCAUAUAGACAAGGUCACUUAUUCUUUUGACUAGGUUCCUUAUUCUGUUCAAAGGAAUGAAUUGGAAGACAAGCUCAGGAAGGUCUUAUGUAGUGUUUACACUUUUCCAAAUAGAUGCAUAACAAAACCAAAAAUACAUUGACCUCACCUUUUAUUUCCCUCAUGAUAGAACAAAUACGUAUCCAAAUGCACUGAUUAAACUAUGCAGUAUUUGUAGAUCACAUCCUUUGUUUGUGUUAGUGUUGCUCCAUUUUUCAUUAGAUAUUUCAGUGUUUGUGUAUACAUCACGAACAAUAAAAGUACACUCGCUGUUGUGAUGACAGUUUUGGUGUAUCUUCUCAGAGAGGAGACACUUAAGUUGUCACAUUAAAAAGUUAGUGACUGAUGCACAGCCUUUAUUCUACUGCACAAGUAUGGCCUGAAUUGUAACAUUUAGAGUCUCACUCAGAUUUUAAAGAUUGAAUGUUUUUUAUCCACUAAUAAAUUACUUGAAGUUGCUUUGGGAUUUUCUAAACAAUGUUUAGGUAUUCUUGAUUUAACACUUCACAAAAACCUGUAGCAACAAUACACUGGAAGUGGAACCUGGCAGAUGCUGCUUUAAGUGGGUUUGCCAGCUAUUGCAGAGACUUCUGCAAUCAGCUUCUUCUAAUGUUUGACUUUAAAAGCUAGCAUCAGAACAGUCAACGCCAAGAUAAAACUGCUUUUGUAUUUUAACCAUUAUGUUUAACUGCUUGAAAACUGCUGAGAUGGCAACAGAAGCUACAGAUCAAUAAAUGUGUUGUAUAAUGUAGUCAUGGUGUGAUGCAAAUUAACAUAGAGUUGAAAUUUUGCUCCUUAAAAUUAGCCCAACCUCAAGUUUUCAAAGUUUAGUAGCAUUUAACUAUGAAAGCUCUGCUCUUUGCCUACUUUUCUAAUUAUUUGCCUAAAGUUCAAAAUUGUUAAGUGUACUACACGUUUUGAAUUUUUUGUUUUGUUUUUGUUUUUUAGAAAAUCCAGAGUGAAAGCGCAACCAUAAAAUGACCAACUUUGUUUUAACGUUUGUAGUUGCACAUUGAUAAUUGGUUACAAUCGAUAUUCUGUCUCCGAACAUUUUACAAGAAGUCAGUGAAAAACGUAUUUAUUAACUGGAUUAAUAAAAAUUACUCCAAUGUUUUUCUGUGUGUGUACCAGUUGUUCUGUGAUUCACCUACAUUGACUGCUAGCAUGUCCUUUGAUCUUGGCUGAAUCACUAAAGCUCAGAUUGUACAAAGUCCUCUUUGUAUUUGCAGACUGCAGUCAUGUGAUCUGAAAGAUAUCGUUUUUGCUUAGUGGUAAAAUGUGACCAAGUCCAACAGAUGAGUUUCUUUUUUUAUAUAUAUAUAUUUUUUUGAGAAUCUAAAGGGUAUUAUUGCUCACAACACAAAACAGUGAUUUGUGGACCGAAGCCUCUGGUUUUGCUGCCUGAAAUCUUAAGUUAAUCAUGGAUUAAAUCCAGGGCUUCUGGGAAAUGUGGGGGUGUGUUCUCUGACAUCAAAUGUAUUACUUUGAAAUAAGCAACUUGUAUUUGUUUACUGACACAAAGCUGGAUUAAUCAGACCUUUGCAAUAAGUUGCCGUGUUUCCUUUGGAUUUAAAUGUGUCAUGAAAUUAUCACCUCCCCACUGACGUGCUAAAUAGCUGCUUGUGUUUAGCUUCAACAUUUAACCCUGCAAGAGUUUCAGGAGCUACAUUUACAAACAAAUAGUGGCUUAAAUGAGGCCCCAAUCAAUCUAAGUUGAUAUUUAACUGUUUGCUGAGCAAAUGCCAAUCUCUUACUCCCAGGAAUCCUGACAUGCGCCGCACUUAGUUGCGCUUUUUUUGGACAAGCCAGCAAGUUUUUUUUCUAAUUUAAAUAUAAGGUAAGACA